AUGAUAUGUGCUUCUUUUCCUUGUCGGAACAAGAGCUCCUUCGUCACUCAAUUUAGUGAGAUCCAACGAGCUCCAGGCUGGCAUGACAAAGGAACGCUAUGGUAUUAUCGAUUGACACAUGCCAAAGUACCGAUUUUGUCUAUGCGCCGGGGAAAACAAAAUGUGACUCCAAGCGAGGAAAAAAGAAAGAAAGAAGCGGAGGAAAGGAGUCGAUGGAAGGAAAGAACGAACGAAAAAGAAAUUUAUGCUGCAUACGGCGCAGAUGUAGAUGCGCCACUAGACUGGGGAAAAAGGUUGAGGUGGGUCUUUGGUGUGUGA